UUUCGGAUCCUAGGAUCCAUAGCUUCCUAAACCCCCCAAAUUCAAGGUUAUUUUGGGAUUUUUGGGGGGUUUAAGAGGAACAUGGGGGGCGAAAAAAGCAAUUUUCAAAUCUGAAGUUGCCUCGGUGAAACUGACUUAACUAGGAUCCAAUGAGCAAUCAUGUCUAUGUUUCCAAUAUUUAUUCUUAGGAUGCAUUUUGUGAAGAGAUUGUGGUAUCGGACACCACUUUCUCGCAAUAUGUGUACUAUUAUUACAACACCACAACUGAACUACAUGAUUAAUACUUACAUAGACAACAACAAUGUAAAACAAGCUCACAAACUUUUGGAAGAAAACCCUUUAUCUUGCAACAUCGUUUCCUGGAACAUGAUUAUGACUACAUAUGUGCAACACAAUCAAUUUGGUCUCGCUCGUGACCUGUUCGAUAAAAUGCCCCAUAAAGACGCCGUUUCAUGGAACAUUAUGCUCUCUGGUUUUCAUAAAACCAGAAACUCAGAGGGACUCUACCAUUGUUUCUUGCAAAUGGGAAGAGCUGGUGUAGUGCCCAAUGACUACACUAUCUCCACAUUGCUCAGAGCAAUUAUUAGUACCGAGUUGCAUGUUUUGGUUCGUCAAAUUCAUGCUAUGGCAUUUCAUUUGGCACUCAACUUGAAUGUGUUUGUUGGGUCUUCUUUGAUCAGAGCUUAUGCGGGAUUAAGGGAGGAAGAAGCUUUAGGUCGAGCGUUUGAUGAUAUAUUGAUGAAAGAUGUUACAUCUUGGAAUGCUUUGGUUUCCAGUUAUAUGGAAUUGGGAAGAGUUGUUGAUGCUCAAACAACCUUUGAUCAAAUGCCUCAAAGAAACAUAAUUUCUUGGACUACGUUGGUGAAUGGUUAUGUCAAGAACAAGCAAGUUAACAAAGCUCGGUCUGUUUUUGACAAAAUGAGUGAGAGAAAUGUGGUUUCUUGGACGGCAAUGAUUAGUGGGUAUGUGCAAAACAAGAGAUUUAUUGAUGCAUUGAAGCUUUUUCUUCUUAUGCUUAAGACUGAAACUCGUCCCAAUCAUUUCACAUUUUCAAGUGUAUUGGAUGCAUGUGCAGGCUGUUCCUCUCUUAUAAUGGGGAUGCAGGUUCACCCGUGUAUCAUCAAGUCUGGCAUACCAAAUGAUGUUAUCUGGUUGACCUCACUUGUUGAUAUGUAUGCAAAAUGUGGCGAUAUGGAUGCAGCAUUUUGUGUUUUUGAGUCCAUUAGGAAUAAGAAUUUGGUAUCCUGGAAUGCAAUAAUUGGAGGUUAUGCAAGCCACGGGCUAGCUGCACGAGCACUCGAGGAGUUUGAUAGGAUGAAAAUUGUUGGUGCUACGCCUGAUGAAGUUACAUUUGUGAAUGUGUUGUCAGCAUGUGUGCAUGCUGGUCUUGUUGACGAGGGUGAAAAGCAUUUCGCUGUUAUGCUGACCAAGUAUGGAAUGCAAGCAGAGAUGGAGCAUUAUAGUUGCAUGGUGGACCUAUAUGGAAGAGCAGGGAGAUUUGAUGAAGCAGAAAAAUUAAUCACGAAUAUGCCAUUUGAGCCUGACGUGGUGUUGUGGGGUGCAUUACUUGCAGCUUGUGGCCUGCAUUCAAAUUUGGAACUUGGAGAGUAUGCUGCUGAGAGGAUUCGCAAAUUGGAGAGCAAUCAUCCUGUUUGUUACUCAAUGCUUUCAAAGAUCCAAGGUGAGAAAGGAAUAUGGAGCAGUGUGAAUGAAUUGAGGGACAACAUGAAUGAAAGAGGAAUAAAAAAGCAGAAGGCAAUUAGUUGGGUUGAGUAAUCUCCCUCUGUAAGUUCAGUCAAGUGAUAAAAAUUGUGUGCAAUUCAGACAACUGUAUUCAAUUCAGACAAAAUUAGGGUUUAAUCUGAUUGCCAAUUUGCCGCAAAUUCCUUUAAAGAAAGCUUUUCGGUAUAGUGAUGAUUAUACCGAAGCCUACAAGUGUAAAGCAAUUGGAAACCCCAUGUAUAUGUCAAAGCCAUCAGAGAAAUGAUACAGAGUACCUUUUUCCUUUCUUAUAUUUUACAUAUAUAGUUGGAAUUUUUGAAGUUGUGACUUACUUCAUUUGAAGUUGCUUUGUUUCAAGAUGAAGUUAAUCAAUCCAUAAUUAUAAGAUUAUUGUUUUGUUGAGUUCUUGUUUGAGUUACUGGUUAUUUGGGUGUUUUGUUACCUUUUUUUUUUUUUAAAAAAAAAAGAUGCUUCAAUAGUUCAAUCUAUGCUUUAUACCCCCCUUGUGACCUGUGCAAUUACUGAAUACUGGUCUUGUUGUCUUGUUAUAACUUAUGAGUCAGCUGUCAUCCCAUUGGAGGGACCUCAGCUGGAGCCAAUAGCAAAUCCAGCAUUUACCGUGUUUGAUCCAAAGGGAGAGUAAUAGGCCUAAGAGAAACACCACUCAACCAAGGAUAUUGUCCGGUUAUUAUGUCAGCAACAAAUAGCUUGGAUUCAACAGAUUCUAUGAGUAUGAAUCAGCUAGUUUGUUAUGAAAUUAUGAAUUCAUUUGCA